AUUCUAAAAGGUUCUUUCUAUCCCAAAAGGUGUAUCCAUGGACGCAGCCGUAUCUCCCAGAUCAUUCCUCAGUCACAUCUCUCCCUCUAUACUAAUUGCAGGGCAUAUUUGUUGGUAUUGUCUGCGUCCUUUUACAGACUUGUCUACUGGUCAAUCCAGGUUGAAUCGAGCUACCUGCUCUGGUUGCAAGCGUGCUUGGUAUUGUAGCAAAGAGUGUCAGAAGAAUGAUUGGAGAAUAGAACAUAAAGCUCUUUGCAAAGCUUUCCAAGGUGCGAACAAGAGGGAUCGUACUAUGGGACAUGACGCGUCAGCGACCCGAAAGGAGCGCAUGUUCUGCAGGGACAUUUGUUCAAACGCCUUUUCGAUUCCCACUAUUAAUGAUGAAUAUGGGACGUUUCCUCUUGCAUACAUAUCUCAGGAGAUAAAAUGCGCUGUCUGCUUACGGACCCCAUUUCACAGCGAGGUUUACUUCAACAUGAACUCCUGUCCGACGUGUAAACUGGCUUGGUGGUGUUCGCCAGAGUGCGGCGAGCAAUUCUCCGUAUACCACACCCCGAAACUUUGCGCUCACAUGAGCGACGUCGAAGCCGUCGAGCACCUCACCAUCGCCUACGCUCUCGCUCGUCGUACCAGCAGACAAUUCAUGCAACGAAGCCACGUCCCCAGGAGUUCGUACCUCCCUCUUUCGGAGCUUCGCGGCUGGGCAGAAUAUGGCCGUUUGUUCCCUGAUUUUGAGUAUUCCGUGCAUAUGAACGCUAGGGAGUUCCAGCACGUUCAUCCUAGUGCUGAGAAGGCCAUUGCUUUGAUGGCUAAGGAAGCGGCUAGCGUGACGCUCACUAUUCUCGCUGCACUUGAGGACACUGUACCGGACUUGUCUCGUCGUACGCGUCUUUGUAUCCAUAUAGCCGGUGCGGCGCAUAGGGAGCUGACCUGUUCGGGCCUGAUGGAAGAACUGCUGCAUUUCCUCCCCUGCUUGGAGCAUGUUACAGUGGUCUAUACCGGUCCAGAGAUCACACUCCCCCCAAGUCCCCAAAAUCUGGCUUGCGUCAAAUGUCAGAACCGUGGCUGGUCGCGUACCUCUGUAUUCCACGAAGGGUCUUAUGCAGAUUUUGACGAUGAAGCGCAUCCUCCGGAUCUCAUCGCGGUUCUUAAUUCGGGGUUUACGGAGAUGGAAACGGGGGGCUGGCAGGCUUCGUUGCGGGUGAUCUUGGAUAGUGGGAAACCAGCGCUGUUCACUGCGUACUCGCAGAUGGAAGCGGAAUGGGAGGAGAAGACGAUGAAGGAUACGGGAGCGCGCGUCGUUAGGAGUACGGAGCUGAAUAAGUGGCAGGGGCUCAGUCCAACUGUUCCAAAGGAAAGGUCAACGCUUGACAGUAUUGUGUUUACUUACUCUAACCAGUUUCGCUUCAUUAUUCAAGGACGGGUCUAAAUGAAUAAUACCUUGCUGUGAUUCUCGACGAUACAGAUUUAAGCACUACUGACGGUGAAGCGAUAAUUACUGGAAUAAAUAUUGAAGACGGCAUUGAAAAUUGGCAAUGGUUUCUUGUUGUAAUCUACAUCUGUCAUGAUAUCCAACUGGAGACGAUGAAGGACGCCGUGGAUAAAAGUAAAUCGAGAAUUCCGGAACAGAUCUUUAGGAAUUCUG